AUGUCUGGGAAGGUUCCAAGGUCAGCUUCCGACAUGCACAGCUUUGGAUACAGCUUGAUUAACUCUCUUCAGUUCUGGAAACAAUUCUUCGAAGCUAGUGCCAACGUAUCUCUGUCCGGCUAUGAAGAAAGAAACGCCGACGAAGAAACGAUGCAGGACCCUACAGCCACGGAGGAAGAGUUGUCCACCGACAUAACCCAAAGCACCAGUCUCGACGAUACCAUGUCCCACGAGACGCCCUCUUCCCAGCGCCAUGAAACAUCCCACCGAGACCAAGCAGACGAUCUGGAUCUAAACGAUCUCGCGAUCUCUUCCCACAGCACCCCGCGCGCCCCGGGUCACCAUCACCAGGCCAAUGACGACGUAACAACUUCCUCAAUAGAGUAUUCGUCCUCUUACGAGAAUCUAAGAAGAGAAGUCAACGAAUCAGAACCCCCAUUCGACCUCCCAGACACCUCGACACUCCCAUCUACUCCAGGUCGCCAACUCUUCUUCCCACGCGGCGUCUCCGCCACAACCCCGAUGUCCUCACCCUUUCUCCCACCCGUGUCGCAGCCCUCCACUCAAGACCGUCGCUACCAGAAGACCUCGGACCCGGUACUACACCAAAUGCUUGACAAGACAUACCGGGUGCAAGCUACGCCGCUCGGGAAAGGGUUCCACAAUGUGGGCGGCGGCACGAACACUCGACCAAAGUUCCACAUCACCCCAAAACCGGCCGAGUCUACGUCCAAGUACGCAUAUGACGAUUCGCCGAUUUCCAGCCCGGAGCCAGAGGCACCACAGCUACACUCAGAGGUUUUCUCAUCGCCCAUCAAAGGCGUCAACGAUACCCCAGGCACGAACCGCAAGCGACGGACUAGCAGCAAUCGCAUGCGCGGUAUUCCCAGGCCUGGCAUGAGUGUUUUGACACCUGCCAAGAAGUCUGCGGGUAAAUCGGCUGUGUGGGAUAGCGACGAUGAUUUCGACUCCGACGAUGAGAAUCUUGGGCCGAGCCCUCCUAAGACCAUGCAAUUCCACAUUCCGCAGAGCCGGCUGAUGAGGACGCCAGCAAGAGAGGCUUCUAAGCGUAUCGUGACCGAUCUAUUAGCUACGGCUGGAGCUGGGGACAUUACAGAUGACUUUGGUGAUGACCAAAGUCCAAGUGUGAUCCGUCGCAUGGAGCGCCUGGAAGAUGAAACGUUUUAA